AUGUGGGACAAAGACCCUGACCUCGACGAUGCUCUGCAUAACCCCGAUCAAGGUCGAGACCGGAAUUUUACUCUGUUUUCGCUGCGGGGUUGGGUAAACGCCAUAGCAAUCGUCGUUCUCAUAGCGGGCCUUGUUACUCUCUUCGUCGGAUAUCCCGUCAUCAAUUAUUACAGUCAUCUUCCAUCUGCUAUCAAAGGCUAUAAUCUGGGCGGAAUUAAUGGGACAGGACAAAUUCCCGAUCUUCCCAACCUUCCAGGACUGAUCGACCCCGACACACCAGCAUCAGCCAUGACUCGCACAGGUUCAGACGGCAAGACAUACAACCUUGUGUUUAGUGACGAGUUUAACACGGAUGGCCGCACGUUUUAUCCGGGAGAGGAUCCUUUUUGGGAAGCAGUCGAUUUACAUUAUUGGCCAACAGGUGACCUCGAAUGGUAUGACCCAAGUGCUGUUACGACGAAAGAUGGGAAGCUGGUCAUCACCCUACAGGAAAAGCAGAACCACGACCUUAAUUUUAUGAGCGGCAUGAUAACGUCAUGGAAUAAGCUAUGCUUUAAUACAGGCUAUGUAGAGGUGUCAAUCAGUAUGCCUGGGUCCCCAACUGCUCCAGGGUUAUGGCCUGGUGCCUGGACACUGGGUAAUCUGGGAAGGGCAGGAUACGGCGCGACUACCGAGGGAAUGUGGCCUUACAGUUAUGAUUCCUGUGAUCUUGGUACCUUCAUCAACCAGACCAGCAAAACCGGCGUACCUGCAGCAGCUGCGACUGGUGGUGCCGGAGGUUCGCAACUAAGUGGACUUCCUGGACAGCGUUUAUCUGCGUGUACAUGCCCAGGUUCCGACCACCCCGGUCCGAAGUAUAACGUCGGAAGGGGUGUUCCCGAAGUCGAUAUCAUUGAAACCCAGAUAGAUGUUAGCCGCUUUGUGGGCCAGGUUUCUCAAAGUUAUCAAUGCGCUCCCUACAAUUACCAAUACAAUUUCGACGGAACCUCGCCAGCAACGACUAUCUACGACAGUUCUGUCACGACACUUAACUCUUACAAGGGUGGUCCACUCCAGCAGGCAGUUUCGGCCCUGACAGACAUCAGUUCGUCGGCCUACGGUGGAAACGGCUACGCAACGUAUGGCUAUGAGCUUUGGGCAGACCCGAACCAUAGGAGUAACAGUUAUAUUACGUGGUACACUAAUGGGAAGCCUAGCUGGCAAAUCACAUCUGCGACAGUAGGGCCCGACUCAACUUCUCAAGUGAGUCAGAGGCUUAUCCCAGAGGAACCCAUGUACCUUAUUCUCAAUCUCGGCCUUUCCCCAUCGUUCCAAAAGCAAGAUUUCAAGCAUCUGGUAUUUCCCAGCCAAAUGUUUGUUGAUUAUGUCCGCAUAUAUCAACGGCAAGGAAUUCAGAAUGGAAUCACCUGUGACCCUUCAAACCGCCCCACAGCAAAAUACAUCUCACAGCACCUAACGGCAUACAGUAAUCCCAAUCUCACGACAUGGGGAGCAGCGAAUUUUUCUUUCCCAAGAAAUUCCCUUUACGAUGGAUGCUAA